AGCCCUGGCUGGCCUAGAGAUGACAGCACAGUGACGGUGACGUUUCUACCGUUGUGAUCGCCGACGUAUCCGUUUCGGCAAAAGUGCAAAAUCUGUAUUGAGAAAGGUUUUAAUUAGGUGAAUCGAACAGUAAAAGUGCUCCAGUAUGGAUGAGGAAUACGACGCAAUUGUGCUGGGCACCGGCCUGAAGGAGUGCAUCCUUAGCGGGAUGCUUUCCGUAUCGGGUAAAAAGGUCUUACAUGUCGACCGCAACAAAUACUAUGGUGGCGAAUCCGCCUCUAUCUGCCCUUUGGAAGAACUGUUCACCAAGUUUGGGGCUCCUGCUCCAGACGAGAGCUACGGAAGGGGGCGUGACUGGAAUGUUGAUUUAAUCCCGAAAUUCCUAAUGGCCAACGGUUCGUUGGUCAAACUGCUCAUUCACACUGGUGUGACCAGAUAUUUGGAAUUCAAAAGUGUGGAAGGCAGCUACGUGUAUAAGGGCGGUAAGAUUUCCAAGGUUCCAGUCGAUCAAAAGGAAGCCCUAGCCUCGGAUCUGAUGGGUAUGUUUGAGAAGAGGCGCUUUAGAAACUUCCUGAUCUACGUGCAAGACUUUCUGUACGACGACCCGAAAACAUGGAAGGAUUUCGACCCUAGCACUCAGAACAUGACUGCUCUCUACGACAAAUUUGGUCUGGAUAAGAACACGCAAGAUUUCACUGGGCAUGCAUUGGCCCUGUUCAGGGAUGAUGACUAUCUAAAUCACCCAGCCAUCGAAACUAUCAAGAGGAUCAAACUGUACUCGGAUUCAUUGGCUCGUUAUGGAAAGUCUCCCUAUUUGUAUCCAAUGUAUGGAUUGGGCGAGCUGCCACAAGGUUUCGCUCGUUUGUCUGCAAUUUACGGAGGCACUUAUAUGUUGGACAAGCCGAUCGACGAGCUCGUCUUUGGUGAAGGCGGCAAAGUAAUCGGGGUGCGUUCUGGCAACGAAAUCGCCAAAUGCAAGCAAGUCUAUUGCGAUCCCACUUAUGUGCCAGAUCGCGUUCGCAAGAAGGGCAAAGUGAUUCGUUGCAUCUGCCUGAUCGACCACCCCAUUCCGAACACCAAGGACGCUCUGUCCACUCAGAUAAUCAUUCCGCAGAAACAGGUGGGUCGCCACUCUGAUAUUUACGUGUCGGUGGUUAGCUACACGCAUCAAGUGGCCGCCAAGGGCUGGUUUAUCGCCAUGGUAUCCACAACGGUAGAAACCGCAAAUCCGGAGGUUGAAAUCAAAUCCGGGCUGGAUUUGUUGGGUCCGAUUCGCCAGAAGUUCGUCUCCGUCUCGGACUACUAUGAGCCCACCGACGAUGGAAUUCAGUCUCAGAUCUUCAUCUCAGAGUCCUACGAUGCUACCACUCACUUUGAAACCACUUGCCUCGACGUGCUUGAUAUAUUCAAGCGUGGAACAGGCGAGGAGUUCGACUUUUCGAAGAUCAAGCACGAGUUGGGCGACGAAGAACAAUAAGGCCGGUUGUCUGGUAAGUUCGAGUCAAUGUGCGUUUUGUUGUUAUUUUAAUCGGUUUUAUACACUUUAUUUGCGGAAUUUAUUAUUAGACCCUUAAUGAAAGCUUAGAUAUUCUGGUGUAACUUCAAGUGUGGUGGCCACGUAUUGUGAGACUUGCCAGUUUAAGUACUAAAACUGGAGCUCUCACAGUAGGGUCAGCCACAACAAUAAAAAAGAUAUUAGGGUAAGUUUUUUGUGUAGACUCAUUCCUGAUGUGUACCACCUGUAGGUGGUUGUGUCUCAAAACGAUAAGGUGGAAAAUUGCUUUAUAAAGAGAGUUGUUGUAUUCAUUAUUUCAAAGCACAAGGAAUUUACCACAUGCAUUUGACUGCAGAACUAGAAAUUGCAUGCCAGUCAAAAUCCAUUUUUUGUUGAAAUUUUAAUUGUGAUUCAAAUGUUACUACUUAUAAUAUUAGGACACCUAUGCUAUAAUCCUUAUAAUGUUAAACAUUUAGACUCUGGUCGUGUUAUACGCCGUGUUUUGGAUAGUUAUCUGAGCAUGUAUGUGGAAGGUAAAAUUCCAUUUCUAUUCACCGGUUUCUGUUUAGUUUUUAAGCGUAUCUUCAGGCUUUAAUGCAAUUCCAGCAUGGAGUUGUAGCAUUUCCUUUAAUUAAAUAUUUGAAAUAAACCUGUAAACAAACCAA